AUGGCUAUAUUCCUUAGACCAAUCCCAAAUUCAGGAGGUUUAAGAUCUCGCUUAGGAAAAAUAAAAAUUUACUUAACAGAACUGCGAGAAAAUGACUUAACCACCCAAGGCAAUCCUAAUUUGUCUGCCUUAAAUGUUAAAAUUAAAAAGUUAGAAGAAAAAAUUCGUAAACUAGAAAGCAAUAAAGGGUAA